AUGCUCAGGCGGACAGGCGGAGAGCAUGAGGAGGCUGCUGCUGCAGCGCACGACAAGAAGGCAGGAAACCAGAAACGAGCAGGAGAAGGGCAAGAAAAAGCCAUCGAGAUGAUGACAAUGAGCUCAGCAACGAAAGAACAAAAAGCAUCCGCACCAGAUGACGCCUCAGCUGUAGCAGCUCAGGGCGCGAAUAAAAACAACACUCACAACGACCUGGAUACGACUUCGCUGGUCCCGCCUUCGAGCGAAGUGCUCACCUCGACGCCAUCGGCAGUGCUGAGCAGUAGUAGUACUACGACUUCCACGCAGGCUUGGACGAUGUUGCGCCGCCAGCAAAGAGAGGAAUCUCGUCCUGACGGUGCAGGAGGAGAAGUAGCAGAGCACCAGCAAGAUUCUGAAUUGGAGGUUGGGGCUCGAGCCCCUUCUGCUCCUGCUUCGCAGAGGAUGACAACUUCUCAACAGCGCGCCGAGGAACGUCGAUCCGAGGUACAAGUGCCAUCUUCGUCACCUCCUCCCGAAGUUGUAGAAGCGCUUCUGUUCUUGGACAACGAAAGUAGCAAAAGUUAUACAUACGCAACAGAGCAGGAGGACGUCGACGUACUACAAGGGGAGGGCGAGGAGUCGGAGAAAGCACUUCCAGGAGACGAUGAGCGGGCAAAGAAGAAUCACACGACUACAACUUCUUCUGCUGCUAUCACAAGAAAAAGUGUAUAGCGUUAUGAUCUACGGUUUUGUUCACCUUCACUGAUUGCAGUCAUGCAUCGCAAAUUUAGGCUCCUACGCAUGCUGUGAAUGACAAAUUCAGGCACGUUUUCUCAUGCAUAGCUGUGACAGCUGCCACAGCAAAUUCAUCCUCUACUGUUCUCCUCCAGGUGGCUAAAGCAUCUUCACUGGCCGCGAAGCCCGACGAGCUCAACCAACAGACACAGGAACGCGAUACUCUUGAAAUUACAGACGGCGCGUCGAUAUGGAUUGCAAAAGUAUAGUACUUCUCAUUGACCUCGUAGUACUUCUUGCAUUUAUGCAUUACAGAUUGAUUUUUUCCUUCUGGAUCUCGGAAAAUGUAGUGCAAUGCUAUUUCUACAAGUUAGUACGACACGGACACUUGUGCAAUGCAUAGUCGACGAAUCAAACAAGCACUUCGACGAGUGCUGGUUUGUUUGACGGCGCGGCUGAUGAGAUCAUCAAGCACGACAUCGAGGAGCCGCACUCGCAGUCGUCCGAGAGUGAUGAAGAUGAAGAGCCGCUGCAAGAACAUAGUGCAGACGUGGGGCAGUCUGACGGUGUUCAUGGUGAUCCUGCUUCAUCGGAGGAAUCAUCCGACGAUGAUGAUUUCGAAGGGCUUUUUACAGCUGAUCUUUAUGCUGGAGACGAGCUACACGACCCGGAAGGAAUAUGCCCAGAAAAAAAAACAUCCGCCCCAUCCAUUUUUGCGAACACAUUCACAGGCUUAACAACAAGAAGGGCUUCAUGUUUACUUAUUUGAUGCAUGAAGAGAUGAAAAAUAAUUGCAGGUAGUUGUAUUUUGGAUGCUGGGGGUGUGGUUUUUUUCUGGGAAUAAGGGGCACCCGUUCAUCCUGCUUCGCAGAGGAAACUAGAAGGACGGCGUGCGUCCAAUCCGAUUUCUCUGUAUCAACAUUGA